UCUCACCGCGGCUGUCACACGACUCACGCACCUUCAUCUAGACGUUCAUAUGGAGGCUGUCAUUCGCGCAUUGAUGCCGUUCACAGGAUUUCGCGUCAAGCUUUGAUGAUCUCGCGUGGAAGCUAGGAUGGUUCGGCUCUAGGUUUCAGGCGCCCACUUGAAGCCUCAGGACAAGCGUCGCGGUUCAGGGGACGAUAAAAGCAAGCGUCGCCGUCACAAGAGCAAGCGGAACGCCUCAAGCCUUACCCACCACUCGUUCCUUCACUCGUUGUUGUGCUCGCAAUUCGUUUUCGACGUCCCUCGUUAAUACGUCACGAAAACCCAUACGCUCUUUUCAAGCAUCUUUGGUAUCUGGAGAAUUCGUGCAGAUUGUUCAACAUGCGCCAAUCUAUUGCAAUCCUCUCGUUCCUCGCCGGUGCGGCGUACGCUGACGAUGUCGUGUCAUUCGUCUUCCCCGGAGGCUUCGAUGGCCUUGCCCCUGUUGCGACCAUCGAGUCGGCGAAUCCUUCGACAACAUCGGCACUUAUGACCUGCACCACGGGAACACCCAUUGACGAGUGCGGCUUCGCCGCUGGCCUCGACGUCAAGAUCAUUGGCGGUACCCGUUACGAAGCCUCCAUGUCGGCCGGCACUGUGUACGUGAGCUACGGCUGCGACGGUUACGAUUCCAAGGCCAACACGAUGACCUGCACCGCCGAAAUGUCUGGCGAGGAUGCACAAACAGCCGUGCUGUCGGGAACUGAAGUCGCCUUCAUUACCGCUACAGUCGUCAAGGGUGCUGAGUUGCUGAGCGGUGGCGCAAGCGCAACUGCGAGCGCAUCUGCAAGUGCUAGUGCCGCAAGCGCGAAUGCCAGCGCUUCUGCUCCACAGAGCUCUGCCGCUGCUGCAAGCUCUGGAAUGCGAACAAGCGUUACUGCUGCUGCUGGAAGCCACGCUUCAGGCGUUGCAACUGCCACUGCCAGUAGCGCUCUUCCCCAAAGCACCGGCGCUGCUGCUAGGUUCGGCAUCGAGGGUGCUGCGCUGCUCGCUUUGGCUGGCGCUGCUGCUGUGAACGCCUUGUAGACGGCAAAGGAAAGAGAAAGAGACAAGAAACGUGUAUCCAAUAGAUUCAGCACAUAGAAGUCAUUGCGACCGUAAUGUAUAUUCGGAGAUCUGCCACCACCGCUCCCUGACUUGAACCUAUCCUUUGUUGUCUGAACAAAGCUUUGAUGUUGAAUCGAAAUUGGCGGU